AGUGACAGUUACGGAGUGGUAGAAAAGUCAUUGUGGCAGUUCCUCUCAAUCCAUUUAUCCCAUUCAUUGAAAGCUAGUCUUUCCACAAAACAAAUCUUGAGUUUUCUCUUUCACACCUUUCAAAUUCAACAACUAUAUAAUCGAUCACACUUUAAAAGUCUUCUCUUAUUGUGCUCAUAAUCCAAACCACCAUCAAUACUCACAUUCUACUCUGUUCUGUUCUGUCUUCUGCACUGCCAAUUAUAAGCACAAUACAACACAACACAAUCUUUUAGUUCGUUACGCGAUCUCCAUUUCACUGUUUGUCCACGUGAGUCUUGUUAUUAAAUCAAGUCCAGUACUCAAGAACCACAAGUUUUAGAGCACAAUGGAAUCUGAAAACAGGGUUGCUGUGGAGGUAGAGAAACGUAUUAUUGGGGUAACAACCAAGGUGGAGAAUAUAAAGAAAGAAGUAGAAAAUGACUGUAAUGGCGCAGAAAUUCAGACUAAGAAUGAAGUUUCUAAACCCACAGUGGAUGCUAAAGGCCCCAUUUCUGCUGGUGACAAAGUUGUAAUUGAAGCCUCUAAAACUUCUGCAAAUAAAAAUUCAAAAGGUGCCAAGGAAACUGGUGGUAGAGCAAGUGUUGCUUCCAGGAGCAACAAAUAUGCCAAAGACAAACCCAUUUUGAAGGGUCCAAUUUCAAUAUCUCAAAAACUAAGGCCAUCCCUUUCACAAAGCCUUUCUUUCCCAGCCAAAUCAGCUGGUGAAGAUGCUAUGCAGAAAAGCAUUGAUGGGUAUCUUGUGAAGCCAAAAGUUAGACAUAUUCAAGGUAAUGGGAUCAGAGGUGAGGGCCACAUUCGUCAUUUAAACAAGUCAACAAACUCUGAAGGCAACUCCCUGGCAAAAACCAACACUGGCAUGCCUGCUUUGAAACGCUCUGCGUUUGGUAGGUCCACUACAGUUACUGCAUUCACCAAGAGCCAAACUUCUGAGGCAUCGUUACCCGUUGAUCAGGUGUCAAGCACAGCAAAAACUGCAAAAGCAAAUAAAGAGGAUGAUGAUUCUCAUUCCACAACUUCCAGAAGUGCUACCCCUUGUCUGAGAAGCAAUGGAAGUGGAUUUUCCUUUAGAUUGGAAGAAAGAGCUGAGAAGCGGAAGGAGUUUUUCUCAAAAAUUCUAGCCAAGGAAGCAGAGAAAACUAACCUACAAGUUAAAUCAAAGGAAAACCAAGAGGCAGAGAUCAAGCUAUUGAGGAAGAGCAUGGCAUUCAAAGCAACUCCAAUGCCAAGUUUCUAUAAGGAACCACCUCCCAAAGUUGAGCUGAAGAAGAUACCAACAACACGCCCAAGAUCCCCAAAGCUUGGCAGGCACAAAGAACCUACUAUGAACAACAAUUCAGGAGAAGAUAAGUCUUAUCUUCGGACUUGAUAAUAAAGAUGUGGUUUCAAAGAAACCAAUCCGGAAAACCCAAGCCAAGCUGAAUUCUAAGGAAAAUGUAACCACAGAAAACAAAGAAGAAUGCCAAGAUCCACAUGAUGUUAACAAUUCUGAAUGCAAAAAUGAAAUGGAGUUACAAUCUGAAACAGUUCAUGCACCAAAUAGUGCACUGCUUCUAAAUUGAACAACACCCGAACUUGUGUCAUAUAAGGUUACUGUUGGAGUGUAGAUUUAUAUCAUCGGACUUGAUAAUUAUGUAAGAUUAGAGCCCUAUGUUGUCAACUAUUUCAUUAUCAUUGUGAAUAGAGGUUGGUUCAUGUUCAUCAUAAACGUGUAUUGCAAAUAAGAGUUGUUUUAUUAUGUUGAGCUUUUACCCUCCGUGAUGUACAUUAAAAUGCCUUAUUAAUUCAUUAUUUAGCAAGUCGUCCAUGUA